GUUAAAUUUUAAAAUCUAGAACUUUUUCUUUAUUCUCAGCUCUUAUUGUAAUUGUUGCAAUUGUAAUAUUAAAACUUUUUUAAAACGUUCAUUGCAUUAUAAAAUGAGCGGCAAAAAGUUAAGCAGUGAAGAAGUACCACAAAAGUUUAUAGAAUGGGUGCUGGCCAUGGGAUGCCCUGGAGAAAAAAUACCUUCCAUCGAAAAGAUGACAGGGAUGUGUAGAUCUCAAUACUAUAUGUCAUGGCACAGCCUUAUGGAACGUGUUCAGGCAAAGGAUUUGAUUAGUCAGAAGAGACUAACAGUAUUUUAUGAUGAUGUGAAAUUAUGUCAGGAGAAGAAACUAUUAAACGAGGCAACCUCAAAUGAUGUUUUACCAGAACAGCUGUCACUUUGGAAGGAGCAUACAGAGGUUAAAGAAAUGGUUGUGGAAGCUGAGGGUCGUGUGAAUAAGGCAAGGAUUACCCUAAACGAACUUAUGGAUAAAGUAUCUUGUAAAGUAAUACAACGAAAUACGUCUCGGCAACACAUAGAAGACCUCCAGCGUCGGUCUUGGCUCCUCAGCCAGGUGUCGAAUGAGCUCACGUCGAAGCUUGCGAAUCUAGAGGAGACAAGAACAAUUGCUGAUAGUUUAUGCAAUGUUGAAAAGGAACAACAUGAUGUUCAGAUUAAAUUAGACAAAUGCAUAGCACAACUUCAGAGGAAAAGUCAACCAAGAUUACCGCUGUCCACCCCAGUUGCAAGCUCCUCUAUCGUGUCAAACCAUGAAAACGAGACUGCUGGCAGUGAAAAAGACGACCAUGUGUUGUCGCUUGUGAAUUGCCGCGGCGAUGUCCUUUGGCCGCAUUUAUAUGAUAAACUUACAUCGCUGUACUCAAGACUAUCUGAAAAGUACAAAAACCACAUUGAUGUUGGGAAUAACAGAUCUCUUCAUUCAAUGCUGGCGUACACAGCAGCGUUGCAAUCAACAUUGGCACUUGAAGCUAUGAAGAAUAGAGCUCAUUUCCGAAAAACACAUGAACAACUUGCUGCAUCUAUUGAAGACCUCAACACCUACGUUACAGAAGACGCAUUUGAACUGCUAGUGGUACAAGUCCAAAGAGCCUACUGUGAGGCCAGAGUUAAGUCCCUCAAAGCUUCCUUAGAGGACUUAACUGCAAGACAAGGGCCUUUUGAUUGUGGGGGUGAUAGCCACUCUACAGUCGACGCGCAAGCAACGCUGGGAAAGAUCGCUAAUAUCAACAAAUGCAUUGUAAAGUCACGAGAUGAGCUAAAGAGGCUCAUAUCAUCAUCCGCGAGCACUGAAAGGAAGAUAUACAACAUAAGGGAAUGCUUACUGGCUGUGUUUAACGCUUUACAUAACAACACAGAUAUUAGGGACAACGCGUUCUCUAGAGGAGUCCAGUUAGAUUUCCCAACGGAAUCGAUAUCCCUUCUCCGUCAGUUCUACAAGAAGAGGUGCGAAAGAGAUGCUAAUGUCAACAACCUCAGUUUCAACUUGGAGAUGUCUGACCGAUCCUUUGUUGAUGACUCAGAUAAUCCAUCAUUUGUAGACGAGUUAAAUGUUUAUUUGAAGAAAUUCAACUUGGAGAAGAAUCGGAAACUUGUACUGGACAGUGGCGAUAAGGUCUGGAUAUUUGAGACGCUGCAAGCACUCUCGUCGAGGUUACAGACCCGGUGGGUGGCAGAUGACGUCACAGUCCUGCUGUGUCCGUCCGUCCGUCCGUCGCGCGCUCUUCAACGCCUCUGCGACAAUCAGCAGCAACACGCACUUUCUAUGCUCUUGCAACGUACCGUGCACCGUAUCCCGGAUGAUAUCCUCAAAUCAAACAUUGCAGAUAUAACCACCAUAAGAAACCUCGAAGCAGACGCUGUGGACAAACUUAAGAAGCGCAUCACAGAAAACCUGAACCUGUUACAGAAAAUACACAGAAACCUAGAGGUCUGCGAGGAGAACCUCCAGUUUUGGUCCGGACACCAGCUGAAGAAAUUUAUUUCUCCCAACAGGACUGUAGGGGGCCAAACUUACGUAAAAUAUGAGGCGUCCUAUACAGAGAUGUUGAAUUGGUAGGAGAUAAAAAUCCAUGCGAUACAAUACUUUUCUUUUUAUAUGAAUCAUUGACGGAUCAAGUAGUUGGUUAGUUCAAACCAUCGCCUAUAAACAGAGUAAUACUUCGUAGGGCAUGCGAGGAAGACGUACAAAGUGCCACCCUUUGUCAAUCAACCUGAGGACUUAGGUCUUAAACCUCAUCUGCCUGUAAUUACACCGGCAACCCUGCCCAGGCCGGAGAACAUCAUGCUGUUUACUUCUUAGUAGUACUUGGUACUGCGGAUAAAGCUCUAAUCUCUAUAAAGCUCAAUUUACUUAUAAGCCGUGUUUUUUUUCUCUCACUUUAAAAGGCAAAGAUAUGUCACUGUACAGCCAUGUAUUUAGUGUGUAAUAUUCAUAUAUUAUUUUAUUGUAAGGCGUAAAACCCUGUGUUAAUAUUCAGUCAUUGCCACACGCCAUUUCCUUAGUCCUAAAUAUUCAUAUCCAAAUAUCAUAAGUAAAGCCAUGUCUUCAGUGUUAUUAACUUUGUUACUUGUCUGAAAUUCAAAAAGGGAUUUAAAAAAAGAAAAUGUUUAUGUCGUAGCCUAGUGUCCAAAGAGGAUACCAAAACUAUGUUAGACUCUUCUCUCUUAUAUCAGAGUACCCAGAGAUUAUCAACAUACGUUUACUUAUUCGAGUAACAUUUAUAUGGUAUUGGAGGACAACAUUAGGAAACCAUAUUGUCACUAGAUGGCGCUCUUGGAAUAAUGGUAUUUAUAUGGAUAAAUCGUAGCUAACUUGCGCACAAGUUCAAAUCGAAUUCGUAAUCGAGGUGCUAGAGAUCAGUGUCUAGAAACAUUGUAUUCUUGAAUCUUCAGCAUUCUUUAUUGAGAUCGCAAGUUCAUAACUUGCCAGCCAGUGUCAAACUUACCGCGAUCUGAUCAGUGUUCAUUUUAAUUUUAUAAAUUUUUUUAUUCUAAGAACUGAACGGACCGUUAAUACUGCGAUUGUAUUAUAUUCAAUGUAUUUUAUUUGGGGAAACAGCACGGCGUCUUUUACAAUUCAAUUGUCUAAGCUGAAUAAAAUUUAUUUUAAAACA